AACAAAUUGAUGCUCUAACAUAUUCGUGUGUUUCUCCUUAUUGGGGACUAUUCCGAUAUAAGAGAUAGGUGAAGAGCUACCGUGCAACAGAAAUAGAGACAAAUCGAAACUCUAUUCCAACGGAGCGUGAUUCUUUUUUUGGGUUUCGUUAAAGAACUUCAAUUCUCUCUAAACUUGCUAUAUGUGGAGCUUUAACACUCAGUAAAACGCCGCUCACUCUUUUCAAAGAUUCCUGUGCGGUUUACAAAAGUCCGAGUAUAGUGUAAGUGAACUUUCCCAACGGCAACUUUUCACUGUGCUAGCAACUUUCCGAACUACUUCUAUAGGCAACUUGUGUUGCUCCGAACUCAAAGAUUUUAGCUGCUCAACACGGUGAUGAUUCUUGUUGCCCAUAGAGGCCAUAGUUCCCAACAAAGUAUGCUUUUUCAUGCAUAUAUGGAAGAAACUGACUAUAAACUUUGUUCUACGCUUCUUAUUGGGGCCACGCGAGUACCAAGUAGAAAAUGUUGGGAGUGUAUGUUUGCUAUUGCAGAAAUACACGAUCUGCAAAGUUAUUGCCUUCAAAAAAAUUAGUUGGGACAAAAAAUACACUUUUGAACUCCUUAUUCAACCGAUAAAGGAAUUUGAUAAAGCAAAGAGCCAUCUCCUCGAAAGAUAUGAGCUGUUCAACAAAGGAAAACUCGCACAUUUAAGGAAUUGUAUGAGAGUUUUCAAACCAUCUUCACAGUUUCUAUAAUAACGAACAUCCCCAUAAAUCUGAGAGAAUGAAUCAUUAGUAUAACUUGGAUUCUAUUCGCACGUUUGUCUGAGAAGUUCUAAGAGGCAUUGCGGCCAAAGGAUACCGUUUAUGUUAAGUAUAUGAAGUUCCUGGACGUUGAAUGUUUAAGUGAGCUCCAAAGGAAGCUCAACGACCUUGAAUUAACGGACUAUCGAGUUCGGUGUCAACUGGAAGCUUAUUCGUGUAAACCAGCGGGCUUCGACAAGAAGCUUAGCAAGUCAUUAGAGCAAAAGUUGGUAGAACAACUUGAAGCUUCACCAAGAGUGUUGGAAGGCUCGCCUGUGGGGUCUCUAGAAGACCAGAGUGCUCGAAAGACACUUAUCAACCUCAUAUGCACACUUAAUGCCGCACACCAAGAUUAUGACUUCAGCUCUUUACAGCUUUCCAGACUCAAACGUGUUCAAGAUGUUCGUUCGUUGCAGCAGCAUGUUGACUCGUUAUUUGAGCUUUUCUACAGGCAACUUGGCCUGGAGUUUCGCCAGUUUCUAUGGGAAAACAUUGGACAGAUUAUUCGUCCUGAGGAAUGUGAAGUCUAUUCCUAUCUUCCUGAUUACGAGUCGGAUCCAUACAGUGCUUCUGGUGCACUUUGGUCGUUCUGUUACUUUUUCUAUCACAAAAACAUGAAAAAGAUUCUAUUUUUCUCGUGUACGCUAUCUACGCGUUUAGCGGAAGACUCUGAGAGUACAGAGAGCGUUGAUGAAGAAGACUUUGGUAAAGAAAGUUCCGGCUUGGAAACUCCGUUUGCCAUGUUUGAAACAGUCAUUUAAAUUUUUCAGGCCAGUUGUGUGUAUAGUUUGUGGUUUUUUGCAACA